CCGUGCCUCAGCUUGGGUGGCUGCAGCCGUUCAGUGGCCUCAGUGCUCGCAAUGCGCUCGCUCUUCACGGACGACUCCACGAACUCCAACACACGCGUUGUCUCGGUGCCUCUCGUUCCGAUGCGAUCGACUUGUGCUUGCAAUUGAACGCAACAUACAUGGAUUUUAUCAUACUUAAGGUCAAUGGGACUGACGUAAGCAGCUUCCCACACGAAGAUGCAGUUAGAGCAUUUCUCACCGCACAAGAGCCUAUUGUUGUUGAAGUUAAGAGAAGAAUAUCAGAGUCGCCACAAGAAAAACCUCCCACUUCUAAACUGAUCUCAACAGGUUGCCAAACAGAACUUUCGGGAUUGACAUGGCUGGAAGAUAACUCUUUGGAUUGUUUGACACAUGAUAUAGACUUGGAGGAAGUGACACUACGAAAAUGUAGUAGCGACGAGAAGUUAGGUUUAACAGUUUGCUACAGCUCCGGUUCUGAAGCUGACACUUGCACGGAAGUGUAUAUUAGAGAUAUAGCGCCCCAAAGUGUUGCCGACAGGGAUGGCAGAUUACGACAAGGCGAUCAAAUUUUACAAGUCAAUGGAAAAGACGUCGCUAAUAAAGAAGAAACUGAAUCCCUCUUCGCUGAAAAUAGAAAAGCUGUCACAUUAUUGGUUAGCAGAUGUUAUAACAGGAGCGAAGAAUAUCUAGAUGCGGAACCAAUCGACGCAAUUUCACCAGGGGGCCGUAGUGCCGCUUACCAGAACAGUCUUAUAGAACAAUUAGUACAACAGCAAACAGAAUCUCAGCAUUCCCCUAGAAAUGACACAGCUCCCAAAGUUCCUCCUCAUUUUAUACAAGACCGACUUAAUCUCACCAAUAGUUUAGUACGUUCGAAAAUGGAUUCAAUAAAUCAUGAAAUUUCCGAAUUAGAUCAUCGCAUGCAAAAUAUCCAAUUAGUAAAAAUCGACAAAAGAAAACCGCCACAGUUACCACACAUCCCAGCACCUCAAGAAUCCGACACUGAACACAUAUAUGAAACAAUCCCAGAGUCAGUAGAUUCUGAAAUGGAACCGAUUUAUUCUUGCCCGUACGAAGCCGACGACCAAAGUAUGGUAGAACAAUGGCUCAAAUUGCAAGACCAAGGAUGGAACCCGCAAAAUAAAGAUGCGACACCGAAAGAUAACAAGAAACAAAGAUGCAAGUCAUCGAAAAGCAACAGCAGUGGUGAGGAACAUGAAAAUAGCUCCAGUGCUUAUAACACGGGAGGAUCUUGUAACAGUAAUCCUUUAACUUUCGAGCUAGCCUGUAGUCAGGAUUCGAAACAAAAGGAUACAUAUAGAUCUACAUUAAUCCUGUGCCCCCCUGUGGAGAAGGAAGACACUACUAAGGAAAAAGACCAGACGGAAACGUGCGAUGCUUGCAAACAACAAGCAACUUCCAAAAAGAAAUCUAAGUCAACGUCAAAAACGAAUAGUCCGUCUUCUCCCACGACUAGAAUAGGAGUUGGAGCAACUCCAGCACAUCUGCUCUCUGACACCAUGUAUACAAACGUAGCUAAUUUGCAACAAACUAUGCUUCUGCAGCAGCAACUGUUUAGACAAGCUUUAGUUCAAAAUAAUAUUGACAUAGUGUCGAAACCUACGACAAGCUUCACGUCGCCUAGCUUAAGUCAGUACCAGUUUGUCAGUAGCUCACAGACUUACACUACCCAACCCGAAACAGCCACUUUAGAAACUAUGAUGGAAUGGAAAGUCAAGCGCAGACCUGACGGUACUAGGUACAUUGCAAGGCGACCAGUUCGAAAUAGGAUACUUAAAAAUAGAGCGAUCAAAAUAUCGGAAGAAAGGGCAGGAUUAACGACGGAAGACGACACUGUGUCGGAACUUAAAAUUGGGCGGUACUGGACGAAAGAGGAACGUAAAAAACAUUUAGAAAAGUCGAAGGAGAGGAAACAGAGGCAAGAGAUAUUGUUAGCGUCGAGGAACAUCGAGGAAAACGGCGAAUUAGUUAUACAUAAACCCAUCGAAAAAGUUCAUUCGUUUUCUUCGAAGAAAGCGGCAAACAAUUUAGAUAAUACUGUGAAAAAACAUAAAAGUAAAAGGGUCCAUAAAGAAGGAUAUGAUAAUUUUCCAACAGUGCAAGAAAUGAUUGUGCACGGACCCAAAGUUCCCACUAGUGGCAAGAUGAUGGGUCUACUUUCUGUGACAACGGUUUAAUUUAACUCGUUAAUAAAGCUUGCUUUUAUAUCCA